CUCAUACACGGAGAAAAGAAGGUCGGAAUUGUGGGUUCAAUCAUCAUCCUAUUCUCCCACUCUCCGUCCGCCGGAUCAUUAAUACGUCCCGGUAAUGGAAGCCGUGUGGGGGCGGGGACGGAUUCUAAACCCUAUUUAUGGCAGUGAGUAUAUUAUUUAUACAUAGACAGAUCAUUUUUCAUCUCAAACCUGAACUAAAUCUGAGACGAUCUGACAUAGAAUGGCCACAAUCGCCUCCCUCGAGCCAUGGACAGUUGCUGACUGAACUCCCUAUUCAUCAAUUUGCUUGGUACCAAUGGAUUUUCUUCGUUUUCUGCUCAGAGGAAGAAAUGGAGCCUCAAAAGAAGAUCAAGAAUUGAGAAGUGGUCUCAAUUGCUUCCUCAAACUUCCUGAGGAUGUAAUUCGCAACAUCCUUUGUCGAUUGGGUGCUUACGAAAUUUUGAAAAAUGCUCAAAGAGUCUGUUCUUCAUGUAGGAACAUCUGCAAAGACCCUUCCAUGUGGCGUUUUAUUGAUAUGAAACAUCUGGGUGAUGACGACAAAUACCUCGAAGCCAUGUGCCGUCUGGCAGUAGAUCAGAGCAAAGGACAACUGACUGAACUCCACAUUGAUCGAUUCGCUACAGAUGAAUUGCUCCAUUACAUCUCUGAAAGAUCAAGUAAGCUCAGAUGUCUGCUAAUUAGGAAUUGCCAAGGAGUUGGAAAUGAUGGAUUGAUUGCAGUAGCCAAGAAAUGUCCUCUGCUUGAAGAUCUGCACCUUGUCCAUGUCAUAAGUGCUCACAACUCCAUCCAAGCUAUUGGUCAAUCCUGCCCGAAGCUGAAGUCUUUCACGUUCACUGACUGCAAAAACAUUUAUGACACUUGUAAUGUGAAUUAUGAUGCACUAGCAAUUGCGAAAAGCAUGCCUGGUUUACGCCACCUUCGACUUGUGGGAGAUUGUAUGACAAAAAAGGGCAUGGAAGCCAUUCUUGAUGGGUGUCCUAAUCUGGAGUCACUGGAUAUCCGGAGAUGUCUAUACGUACAUGGAGAGAUUGUGGAUAUGAUUGCGAAAAAAAUAAAAGAUUUCAAACGUCCCAAUGAUCCGGUGGAACGCUGUGAUUAUGAGGCUGGCAUUGUCAACUACUUUGAUGUCUUGGUGGAUCACAGUCGGGAAGACUACAGUGAAGACUACGGACAAGACUACUCGAGUGAAGAAUCUGACUAAUUUCUCCACAGGUUGCGGGCAUUUGGAAUUUCGUAUUAGCGUUUUUUUCCAUUGUAAUAUUCGGAAUCCUUAAAAAUAUUACUUUGUACAAUAACCUCAUUGCCAACAACAUUUGCUGUAUGUGAACUUUUUUCUUGACCGAUCAUGUCAUUAGAAUUGCUGUCGUUUCUUAAUACCGCUUGAUGCUCAAAAAACAUAAUUUUUCAUGUUAUCUUCGGAAUGGAAAUAUGCUAAAGAGUAAAGCCUAGUUAUUUAA